AUGCCAUUUCUAGCGCAAAGUUUGCUGUUCCAGAUCUUCCAUGGAAAUUUCUCCAAAGGACCCGAAUUAACGAAAGGCUCUCGGGAAUAUGGCCUAAAGUGGCUACACCCGCCAGGCGUGAUUAUUACUCAACUGAAGAUACGAAAUAAACCAACAACCCAGUGCGUGAAACGAAAAAUGGCCGUUUCGAAUGCUGCCCCCUGCAACAUUAAGAACGACGAUCACGGUGCAGCCGAAUGGAUCGGAAGGCCGAAGGAAUGCGUGCAGCAAAGGACAGGGAAGCGCUUGCGCACACCCGAAACAGCGAAUAAGAUGCGGCGAGCGAGGAAUUUCUCCGCCACAGCGAUCUCGAAAACUCCGUGGACAUUUGAGUUUACCGUGGAGCAGCUAGCCAUGAGCUCCCGGUGA